AUGGCGUUGCGACAUCUCGUCUUUGGAGCCGCGUGGGCCGCCGGAUCUGCGUCGGCAGCCUCAGUAACAUGCGCAUCUAAUCUGCCGCUGAGUUGCCAGAAUACCACCGCGGUCAGCAACACUUGCUGCUUCAACUAUCCAGGUGGCCAGCUUUUGCAGACGCAAUUUUGGGACACAAACCCAUCCACGGGCCCUUCUAACUCAUGGACUGUCCACGGCCUAUGGCCUGAUAACUGCGAUGGAACCUUUCAGCAGAACUGCGACUCAUCAAGAGCGUAUACCAACAUCUCAGCAAUUCUAGCAAAAUCAGCUCCUUCUACACUUUCAUUUAUGCAAACAUAUUGGAAAGAUAUCAGUGGCAACGAUGAGAGCUUUUGGGAGCACGAAUUUGGCAAGCACGCUACAUGCAUCAGCACGCUUGAUCCGGAUUGCUACACCAACUAUCAGCCAACCCAGGAAGUUGGGGACUUUUUUACGCGAACCGUGAGCCUGUUCCAAAGCCUUCCUUCGUAUGACUGGCUUGCUGCAGCCGGUAUUGUUCCUUCAAAAACCGCCACGUACACUUUGGCUGCUAUCCAGGCUGCUCUCACUGCACACCACGGUCACAACGUCGUCAUUAACUGCGAUAAUGGCGAGCUCAAUGAGCUGUGGUAUCAGUUUAACGUCCGUGGAUCUGUUCAAACCGGCACAUUCACUCCUGUUGACCCCGUUGGCUCUGGCUCUACUUGUCCCAAGACGGGCAUCAAAUAUCUGCCAAAGUCCGCGUCAAGCACUAAAAGCUCUGGCGGCGGAGGAUCCACUCCUCCACCGGGAGGAGUUCUCAGCGGAGCCUGGUAUCGCGCUGGCGGUACUCCUGCCACAUACACUGCCACUCCGAACGGUUCUACCUUUACACUCAGCUCAAGCAAGGGAAAGUGCGCUAUCCUGAGCGACUCUUCCUUAAGCUGCAGCAGCUCUGUCUCUACUGCCAGCAGCUUUGGCUACGAUGGCACCCACUUGACUUACCAGGGAUCGGCCAAGUUUUAUGCAGCUGCAACCCCAAGCGGACAAGAUCAAGGCACUGUCUUCGCAAGCAGUCACGCUGUUUCUGUGGCAAUUGCAUGGAAUGCCCAAUAA